GAAAUAUCCAAAAUAUUGACAAUGAUAUUGAUAAUGCUUUGCCAUCACCAAAAUCUUUAACCAGAAGUCAAAAUCAAAAUAAUGGUUCAACAUCUUAUAUAGCAACAAAUGUUUUAGAUAUACUACCAGAAAAUGAUAUUGAAAAUAAUGAUAAUAGCCAACAUAAUGAUAUAUAUG